AUGCCACGCCCAACUCCCACAGCGGCGGGGGCGCUGCUGCCUGAGGGGAACCAAUUUGCUGCUGCUGCUGCUGCUGCUGCUGCUGCUGCUACUCCGGCGUGCUGCAGCAGCCGCAACUGCAGCAGCACGUGUAGAGACGCCGCGGGCGGCAGCAGCAGCACGUGCUGCAUCCAUUCGCAGCAAAUGCUGCAGCAGCAGCGGCAGCACCGGCGGGCGCCGAAGGCAGCAGCAGCAGCAGCUGCUGUCUGCUGCAGUGCCGCUCGCCAUAGGCAGCACAAGCAGCAGCAGCAGCAGCAGCAGCAGCAGCAGUGUCGUGUUGCAGCCGUCGGAGGUGCUGCUGCUACUCUUGCUGCAAUGGACCCCGCAGCAGGAACAGACACGCAGCUGAUUGCUGCUGCCGUCGCCCGCGUGCUGCACCUACAGCGACAGCAGCAGCAGCAGCAGCAGCAGCAGCAGCAAGUGAAUGCAGCUAUGCCGCUGUCUCUCCUCGCGUCCCAAAUGGAAUCUUUGCUGCUGCAGCACGGCAUCCCCCCCUCAUCUGGUCGCGGGUCGCUGCUGCAGCACCUGCUGCUGCAGCAAUGGCCUGUGCUGCAGCAGCAGCUGCAGCAGCAGCAACUGCAGCAGCAGCAACUGCAGCAGCAGCAACUGCAGCAGCAGAACACGCUGCACCCACCAGCAGCACAGGAGCAGCAGCAGGAAAGGUCAGCCGCCCCCCGCCUUACCUUAGAAAUUGUCGCAUACCAUCCGCAGCAACAGCAGCAGCAGCAGCGCCUGCAGCAGCAGCAGCAGCAGCAGCAGCAGGGUCUGUAUCUGCUUGAGAAGGCCUGUGAUCGUGCUCUGCGGCGGCAGGCCGUGGAUGUGCUGCAGCAGUGGCAGCAAGCAGCAGCAGCAGCAGCUGCUGCUGCUGCUGUUGCUGCAGAAGCACGAAGCGUGCUGCAGUGUUGGGUAGCAGCAGCAGCAGCAGCAGCAGCUCGCCGACAAGAGCAGCAGCAGCAGCAGCAAAAGAAGGAAGCAGCACUGCUUCGUCUCUGUCGUUUUAUUUGGAGGCUGGCGAUGAGAGGGGCGCUGCAGCAGCUGCAGCAGCAGCUGCUGCUGCUGCAGCACUCGCGCAGCAGCAGCAGCAGCAGCAGACUUAAGGAGGAAGCUUUUAGGGCUUGGCUUUGCUGCUACCUGCCGCAGCAGCGACGCCUGAAGCAGCUCGGUGCUGUUGCUGCUGCAGUACGACAGCAGCAGCAGCAGCAACAGCAGCAGCAGACGUGGCUUAUGUGGAGGCAGCAGCAGCAGCAGCACAGCGACAGCAACGCUCUGCGCCUUCGCCUGUUCACUGCGGUGCAGCAGCAGCGGCUGCAGCAGCAGGUGCUGCUGGUGCUGCAGCAGCACCGCUUGCAGCAGAAGCAACUGCGUGCUGCAGCAGCAGCAGCACAACGGCGUGUCUCUCUGCUGCUGCUGCAUGCAGCAAUGAGGGAUUGGCGUGCUGCUGCAGCAGAAAGCAGAGAAGAAGCUGCUGCUGCUGCCCCCCAGCGGAGCGCAGCAGCGACGCUGGCCGUUGUGCGUUUCGUGGCGUUGCAUGCACAGCAGCAGCAGCAGCAACAGCAGCAGCAGCAGCAGCAGCAGCAGCGGACGCUGGCCCACGCUGUGCAGCAGCUCAGCAGCAGCAGACAGUCACCGCCUUUUCCUCCUUUUGUUUCUCUGCUGCUGUCUUCCGUGCCCCUGGAGCUGCCUAUACACCCCAAACGAAUGCUGCAGAACGCCCCUCUUAUUGCCGAUACACUCAAAGCAGAGUUUCUGCGUAUUUCCUUCCGUUCAUGGCGUCAGUGGGCUGCUGCUGCAGCUGCAUUUCGGCAGCAGCAGCAGCAGCGUUUGCUGCGGCUUGCAUUUGAGGGGAUGAUGGUUGUUGCUGCGCGGCAGCAGCAACUGCAGCAGCAGCAGCUAGCAGCAGCAGCAAUCAGCAGCAAACUGCUGCUGCAGUCCGCCUGGAGACUGUGGCAGCAGCGCUGUCUUCGCUACUCUUCCUUCCGGCAGAGAUGUCACGCCUUGCUGCAGCAGAAGCACCGCCGUGCUGCUGCCUGCAAGGAGGCCUCCACCCUACUGCAGCAGAAGCAUUUGCUGCGCCGUGCAUUCUUCUCCCUGAGAAUGAACGUCGAGGAGGAGAAGAAGCUGCGAGAGGCGCGGCGUGUUUGUCAGCUGCUGCAGCAGCGGCAGCUGCUGCGGCUGUGGUGGACUGUUGCUGCUUCUGCUGCUGCGCUGCAGCAGAUGGCUGUGCUGCUGCAGCAGCGGCGAGAGAAGCAGCAGCUGGGUUUCCUUUUUGCUGCUUGGCGGGCAGCAGAAGGCCGACGGAAGCUGCUGCGGCAGCAACAGCUCUUGCUGCAGCAGCAGCAGCAGCAACUGCUGCUGCAGCACGUCAUGCAUGUGUGGAAGCAGCGGCUGCAGCAACGCAGACAAGCAGCAACAGCAGCAGCAACAGUUGCUGCUGUCUGCAGCCGCAUGCUGCUGCGCUGCGGCUGGCAGGCAUGGAAGCAAGCUGAGAGGCUGCAGCAGCAAGAAGCAGCACUGCAGCAGCAGCAGCAGCAGCACAGCAAGCGGCAGGUGCUAGACGCUUGGAUGUCUCUUCUGGUGUCAGUCAGGCUGCGGGUCUUGCAUGCGCGAGGGUUUGUGCUGCAAGCGGUGCUGCUGCGGCUGCUGAAUGCGUGGAGGCGGCGGGCAGCAGCUCGACGCAGCAGUUUGCUGCUGCAGCAGCAGCAGGAGAAGGGGCGACUUGCUGCUGCUUUCACAGGCUGGCAGCAGCAGCAGCAGCAACAGCAGCAAAGGAAGCUUCGGUUGCAGCAGGGCCUCGAGUUGCUGCAGCAGCAGCAGCAGAAGAGGCUCCGUGCUGCGAUUCACCGCAUGCAAGAAGCAGCAGCACGCAGUCCGCUGGAGCAGCAGGCAGCAGCAGCGCUGCAGCGGCGGCAGCAGCAGCAGCUGCUGCAGCAGACAUGGAGACGGUGGCAGCAAGCUUCUCACAAGCAGCAGCUGCUGCUGCGUCUGGGGGCCCUUGCUGCUCGGUGCAAGGCUCGGCUCGCGCUGCAGCAGCUGCGCAUGCAUGCUGCUGCUGAGGCAGCACUGCAGCAAAGCAUUCUCCCCUUCUGUCAGAGCAGCAGCAAACUGCUGCUGCGCCGCUGCUUGCUGCAGUGGGCUGCUGCUGCAGCGCGACAGCAGCAGAUGCAGCAAGCAGCAGCCAAAGUCGUGCUGCUGCUGCAGCAGAAGCAUCAGACAGCCCUGAGAAGACAAUUCACUGCGUGGUGGGUCCUGCAGCAGCAGCAGCAGCAGCAGCAGCAGCAACAGCAGCAGCAGCAGCAGCAAGAUUUCCUGCUGCUGCACAAAAAGCAGCAGCAGCAGUACCCGGUCGCUGCAGCAGCGGAUGCUUUGUUGCGUUCCCUCGUAGUUCUGUGA